GAGAACUAUAUAAAGCUAUGAGAUCAGAGGUUUGGAAACAUCUUUUAGAAGGGAAUCCUAUCGAACUCAGUACUGACCUCACUUUUGCUCAUAGGCACUGCUUAACAGUUCGCCGUUGGAAAUAAUGUUACAGUGGAGUUUUAAAGUACUGGAGGAGAGGCAUUUAUUCUGGACAGUGUUCUGUGCUUUGAGCCUGCUGGCUGCUGGUGAUACAGCCAAUUCAACUACUGCUCCAGCUUCAGAGAGUCCUUCUGCAGUAAUACCCAGCAAUACAACACAGCUAUUGACAAGCAGCAGUACCACAGAAUUGCCACCUGGGAACUUCUCCAUCUCAACUACUAAAUCAACAGAUCAAAUAUUAUCAACUGAGACAACAAAUGGUACAAAUGUCACCAGCCCUGAAGCACUCACCACAAAACCCACUUCAAAUACAACAGUGCAAGCAUCUCCAACACAGGGCAGUUCCAGAAAUGAGACAAUUCAAAACACAACUUCAACACCACUUCUGACAUCUACUUCUACAGAGCUGCCAAAACAUACUUUUUCAAAUAUAGCUACCACAACUGAAGCUGGUGACAGUACUGCGAUGGUUAGCAUCACUUGCCUCAAUAUCAAGAACGUUAUGACCACUGAAGUGAUAUGCUUGGAAAUCAAUGAGGAAUACUCUUGUCACCAGUUCAAAAAACAAAAAGGAAUGGAUCUAAGAAAUGCGGUUUGUGAAGAAAACCCAUCUCAAUGCCAUAUCAAACUGUCAGAAUCAGAAGUGAAGCGCAACUGCAUACUGCUGGUUGAGGCAGCAAAUAAAGGUCCAAGUGCAUUAGAAACGGUUCUUCAACAGAAGGCAACGUUUUUGGAACAGCUAGGAAUAAAGCCCCACAAACAGGAGGACAUUUCGAGUCACAAGGACUAUUCCCGGAAGACACUUAUUGCCUUGGUCACCUCUGGUUUGCUGCUGGCAUUUCUGGGAUUGGCUGCAUACUUCCUUAUGAAACGACAGAGCUGGAGCCCCAUGGGAGAGAGGCUGGGUGAAGAUACAUAUUACACAGAAAAUGAUAGCCAUGGCAACACUGUGGUUUCUGUGGCCUCUCAUGAACAGUCUGACCUUCAGGAUAAACCAAACUUCAAUGGAGGGGCUCGGGAAAAUGGGACUGGUCAACCAACCUCAAAAAAUGGACAUUCAACCAAGCCCCAUGUUGUGGCUGACACUGAACUGUGAAAAGGAUAUGGCCAAAAGCCUUAUUAACAUGGCUUGAAAGCUAGAGUGCAAGGGUGCCAUAAAUGGAAUCAUAAUCCUUUUAUUUUUACAAAGAAUUCAAAAAUCCCAUUCCAAAGCAUACAUUUUUAACGAGCUGCCACAGGACUUAGUGGUGUGUACAAGCUUUAGUUUGCUUAGCAAGCUGCUUCAAUGGGAUUUGGCUUGUUCAUAGUAUAUUUUUUUUGCUCUCUCUCUCAGACUAAAUGAGAUGUGACUGUCCCUUACAACCACCUAUCUAGGGAAAGGACAGGGGUGCUUCUCUAAAAAUUUAGAGUAGAUUUAUAAUUGUUAGGAAUUUGCUUUUCAGCUCCAGUGCUGAUUAGGGGGAGAAAGGAUCUCUUCACAGUGAGAAUAAAUAAAAAUAAAUGUUAAUGAACAAUAAGGCAUUUUACCACCUAGGUCAACAAUUCUGAGUACUGAUUCACAUGAUGACCCUUUUCUUAUGGUAAAGUCAACACAAGAGAACCGGUAUUGUGAAUGCUCAAACACAUGGCUGUAUUUUGCCUCAACCUAGCUCAACCCACAUUUAAUUUUUUUCAAGAUACAAAAAAAUUGCCAUUUGGAUGCAUGUAAGCUGUAUUUAUUGGUCCAAGUCAUUAUACUAAAUCACUGAAAAGGCAACCUGAGAGUUAAACAAAUUGUGUGCAUCAAACCUCAGGAAACCCACCAACAUUGUUACUUCUUUGGUAGGUACCAUUUGUCAUUCCCACAUCCAGACCCAGCUCAGACAUCACUCCAGCCUUUCUACUAUGAGAUGCAAUACCCUUAACACACACUGACAGGAACUCAGCAGCUGACCCUGCAAGCCUUCUGAAGUACCAUUUGGCAAUCACCAAACAACAUUAAACACUUCAUUAGACUUGCUUUCAGCAGAAAACUAGAUGGUUUUUCAGGUGAAAAACAUUCUAAAAUAUUGAAGGGCAGUUCCAUAUUCAGCUAGGAACUGGCAUAGGCAACUGGCCCCAAACUACAAAUGUUGCUCAUGUCAGCGAAAUAUUUCAGCUAGGAGAUUCUGUCUCCAUUAUACCUAGAAUAACAUGUAAACAGAAGAUAUGACAUAAAGCAAAUGAUGUUGGCUAGGAAUCAGGGGUGGCAAACCAGUGUCCCCCAAUAUACUGUUGGAUUCCAGCCCCCAUCAGCUUCAGUAGGCAUGGCUGAUAGCCAGGGAUUGUGGAUUUUCAUAGAAUCAUAAAAUUGUAAGGGAUCCCAAGGAAUUGCAGGAAUCUCAAUGCAUGGUCACCCAUCUAAUUUAAAACCAUACCAGACCCUGUGCAGCUUUGCAAAUGUGUUAGCAGUUUUAUUACUGCACCAUUGUAGUCCAACAACACUUGAGGGCCACAGGUUCCCUUGCUAUAAAGCACAGAUCAAGUCUUAAAAACAUUGUCCUCAAUCCUAAUGAAGCUAGUCCUGUUGAAAUUAAUGGGACAAAUCAGUUACAGUUAAAUUGAUUGUACUGUCAGUUCUCUGAAGCCUGCAGUCCUACAUGGAAAUAAGCUGUAUUGAACUUAAUGGGGCUUACCGGUAAUUCUAAGAAAACUUGUAUAUGACUUGUGUUGUAAAUGAAGUAAACUGACUGUUUGGAGCCUUUGAACCCUGUUUCCAAACAAACAAAUGAGAAUAUGUUUGCAAAUGUAAAUCUUUGCCUUCAUCACAUCUGGUGUCUCACUUUCUAUAUUUGUUUUGCUCUAUAUAUUUGCCUCCCCCCCCCAAAAAAAGAAUAAUAGGAAGCUGUUUCCUUAUGUUGUGCUUUAUUAUUCCUAUCCCCCAUGUUAAAUGCCAUUCUGGGU